UGUGACAACCUGACAGUGUUGUUUAUAUCGUAGUUGACUUUUGAAUGUGUCGCCCGCAUUGUCCUUUAGAAACUGAGGCAAAGAAGAGCACUGUAGUAAAGAUGUGAAGCUUUGACACAGUUCACAAAUAAGAGGUGAUCGGUUAAUACCAGCGGACCAUAACUUACAACAAUGAAGCCAUCACGCAAUAAGCCAAGAUGGCAAAGUUCACCAAACUUCAGCGUAAACUCACUGUACAAAUUCAUCAGACUUUGGCUGCUGCUCCUGAUGUUCAACACUGUGGAAAAUCACAACUUUAAUGUCCUUUAUAACCCAUGUUCGCAUGUUGACGAAGUCACUGGGAUGACAGAAUAUUUGGCAUGCCUUGGUGAACCGGAGGAGUUGACAAGGACAGCUUAUUAUAACUUGACAGUGAGUUCUCCCAAUGACACUUGCGGAGACCCCCCAGAGAUAUUCUGUGGUCUGAGACGAGGUUCAGCGUGUGAUUACUGCAAUGCCAGCGACCCAGCUCGCGCUCACCCCCAAGAGUACAUGGUUGACGCUGACAGCGAAAACACCUGGUGGCAAUCUGUCACCUGGCAACGCCACCCACAACCCCUCCACAUCAACAUCACCUUCUCUUUUGGCAAACUCUUCGAGCUCAGCGAUGACAUCAUCAUCAGAUUUAAUUCAGGGCGACCGCAGGAGAUGGUCUUAGAAAAGUCAAUCGAUUUCGGGCGCACCUGGGUGCCAUUGCAGUACUACGCCAGUAGCUGUCAGAAAUACUUUAAUCGUGGAGUGCCAAGGACGAUAACCAUGGCCAAUCCAGAUGCUGUAAUAUGUACAGAGGCGAACAGUGUUGUGAUCCCUUACACUGGAGGAGAGGUGAAAUUCUCCGUGACGGAGGACAGGUUCAGAUUGUUCCUCGGAAACACUCUUACAAAUUACACCACUCUCUUUGAGUCCUUUAAUGAGACAAACUGGAAUGUGUUUUUGAGAUUGACAGAUCUGAGAAUAAGGCUGCUUUAUCCUGCCACAGAUGGGAAUGAGCUCUUUCCUACAGACAAUAACAUAUUUAGGAAGUAUUACUAUGCUAUAGCUGAUGUCUCUGUGACAGGAAGGUGCUACUGUAAUCUCCAUGCCAAGUUUUGCCAGGUCCAGAAUGGCCGUACUGUGUGUGACUGUCAACACAACACCGCGGGUGACAACUGUGAGCGCUGCCUGCCACUGUACAAUGACAGACCCUGGAGACCAGGUUACUAUCUCCCAGUGGACACGGGGUCCCCCAACCAGUGUCAGAAAUGCAACUGUAAUGACCACGCAGACAGCUGUACGUAUCAGGGAUCAGUUGGUGGUGGCGUCUGCGACAACUGCUACCACAACACCAGGGGGCGUUACUGUCAUGAGUGUCAGAUGGGAUAUUAUCGUAAUUUGUCGUUGGCUAUGACGAGUGUCAAUGCUUGUGCAGCAUGUAAUUGUGAGGUCCUUGGUGUCAGGGAUGGAAACCUGUACUGUCUCCAGAGUGCUAGUAAUAAUCAGGUCAUUGGUCAGUGCUUCUGCAAGGACAGAGUGACCGGCAGGAGGUGUGAUCUGUGUGUAGAUGAAUACUACGGGUUGUUGUUGUCAGAACAACAGGGGACAUGUAAAGCUUGUGGAUGUAAUCAAGAUGGCACUGUACUACAGAGUAAUGUGUGUGAGAAGCAGCAAGGCCAGUGUCCCUGUAAGCCUAACAUACAUCUGAGGACAUGCAGUGAAUGCAGGGAUGGCUUCUAUGACUUCCCAGCAGGAAGGAGUGCUGAGGACUGUCAAGACUGUGCAUGUGACCCCGGAGGGUCAAGGUCACUGGUGUGUGACAAGGUCACUGGAUUCUGCCAGUGUCGUCCCAAUGUUGUCUCCAAGACAUGUAACACUGUGGCGCCAGGCUACUUUCACCCCUAUACAGAUGCUAUGUACUACAAGGUGUCCCGGGGAAACUGCUCUGAGGCAUCUGAUGUGGUAUAUGUGGGCAGGUUUACAGGGAUGACUUUCCAGUCUUGUUUGGGGAAUGCCUACAUGGAGUUUGGACCACUGAGUCUUGAUUCUAGGAUCAGUCAGAAUGAAAUGUAUGUGUACCCAGCAGUUCGGUUCUCAUACGACAAUGCCAUUAUGAAUGGAGUGCUGGAUAUCACUGUAGAUGGCAGUAUUGUUGGUGAGACCUGCCCCACUACAAGAGGAGCUCUGACCAGUAUGGGCACUGUCUUUACGCAAGGGACUGGCAAUGCCUGGGUGUCAAUAUCCCCAGUGCAGCUGGACAAGAGAUGUCAGUACAUCUUUACCCUGAGUUUACUGGGGGAACCCAACUCUGUUAUCACCAUUGAUGCCCUCCUCUUGUUGCCAGCCUUGGAGUACACAGAGGCUUUCAUCCAAGCAGAUAUAGCCACGCAACUCCAGUACAGAGAUUGUGUCCAGCAGAUUGCCAAACUAAACACCAAACAGCAGGCUGUCUCCAGGUUACUAUGCCAACAGAUGGCCUUCUCUGUCAUGGCGCAGCUCUACAAUGGGACUAUGGCCUGUGACUGUGAUUCUACGGGUACAUUAGAGAACAGCGUCUGUGCCUCCUAUGGCGGACAGUGCCAGUGUAAACCUGGGGUGUUUGGUUUAAGAUGUGAUGUCUGUGCACCUGGCUACUACAACUUUUCGGUCAAUGGAUGUACAGCAUGCAGCCAAGGACCAUGGUUUGUAACCUAUAAAGUAAGGCAGCUUUUAGCAUUAGAGGCCAGCACUCCUUCGGACCUCGGGUCUCCAAGUUCCACUAUUUCCCCCUCUGACCCUGCUUACACUAGUAUCAUAGCUGUUAUCACUACUGCUGCUGUCUUGGUGGCCAUUUGUAUUUGUGCUGGGAUAUACAAUAAUGGUGUCUUUCAUAGAAUGAUGGAUUGUUUGUGCCACUGGGAAUGGAGGCGCCACUGCUGCCCAUGUUGUGUGCGCAAACGUCUUAGUCCUUUGAGUGUUUUGAGGAGUCUUCCUCAGCCAAAUGGCAGCAGCUUCAGAGAGCAAGACAGGACACAGGUGUCAAUGGGAGAUAGUUGGGGAGAGGCUGAUGAUGAGGAGGAGGAAGUUUUAGACUUGAGAAAUGUUGCUGAAGACAUAAAAGAUAAGGAUCCAGAAAUGGUUGAAGUACGCACCAGCUCUUCAUCCCUAGAGAGAUAUCUGGUGACAUCUAGGACAACUUACUUUACUGAAAAUGAAAUAAACAGAAACGAUGAUGAAAACAGAGAUUGGGAUGGUCACUUUGAGGGUGCCAGGCUUCAGUUUUCUACCCUGUCAUCUGCCGAGGAGAGAAGGGUUGACCACCACCCCAAGAGUGAAAGAAUGAAUUGGACCAAGACUAAAAGUUUAUCAGAAACAGGAAGAAAGAGGAGGCAGCUUCCAGAGAUCUCCAGAAUGGUCCCAUUACCAUUGCAAGAAAAGUCAAAGGACACACUGGCUGUUCCAGCACUUGCUUACCCCCCUGGCAGAAGGUGGAAUCCCAGAACGAGAAUCAAAACAAUCUCCCGAUCAGACGAUGAAGAGUGCAGGUCAGAGAAAGAAUUUCACCAGACUCAGAGCGAUGAGUAUGUGUCUUCCACAGGCUAUGAUUCUAGUAUCAGUAUGGACACUCUAAGUAGGAGUUGGGGGGAUAGGUCGGAGGAGGAGACGCAGUAUAAGAGCUCAGGUGACGGUCUAGCACAAGCUCUUUCCACCUCCAGUGAGACUUAUGAGCCUCGUUCUCAUCCUGGAGGAGAUAUCAGAUCUCACCUCAGCAAAAAAGAGAGGUUAACUAGGAAACCAAAUGUGUUAAUAGUGCAGAGAAAUGACCUUGGGUCAUCCAAAGAAAGUAACAGUAAGCCAGGAGAGAGAUGCCGUCAUCAGCAGUACCACCAAGCCAAGAUUAAAAGAAGAUUUUCAGAGCCGUUAAAGAAGGAUCAGUUUACAUACAGUACCAGAGCUGGAAGAAGAUCUUCAGAUGGAAAUAAACCAUCAAAGAAACAAUCUAGUAAUGGCUAUAAGUCACAACAAUUUCCAAAAAGUGGUCGAGUCUUAGAUAAAGAUGAGUUGAUCCCACAUGAUAAACUGGACAAUGUAGACAAACAAGAUGCUGUGGGGAACACUACUUGUAACUGCCCAGUGUUGGGGUCAGAGAGUCCAGUGUGUGACACUAUCACUGGUCAGUGUCCAUGCCGGGUGGGAGUGGCCAGAGCUGGACAGCUGGACAACACUGGACAGGUUGGCCAGCUCCAGUGUACGUCCUGUCUGUCCAACUAUUACGGCUACAGCUCUGGACAGGGGUGCACGGCAUGUCUUUGUGACCAGGAGGGGAGCGUUUCACCCCAGUGUGACAGUGUCUCUGGGGUUUGCAGCUGUAAGGUGACAAUUACUGGGGACAAAUGUGACAGGUGUCUCACUGGGUACUAUAACUUCACGGCCCUGGGGUGUAGGCCCUGCAAUUGUAACCCAGAUGGCUCCCUAGACAUCAACUGCAACCAGACGACUGGACUUUGUCCCUGCAAAUCUAAUGUAGAUGGCGCCAAGUGUGACUCCUGUGUGGCUGGCACCUUCAACCUGGCCCAGACUAACCCCGACGGAUGUCAGCCAUGUUUCUGCUUUGAGCAUGGAACGCAGUGCACCUCAGCACAGGGCUAUGUGGCCAGCUCAUUGUACACAGAUAGUGUCCAGUCUUGGCUCCUUGGCACUAAUGAAUACUCCACUCACAGAAGGGCACCUGCUGAGUUACUAGGGAACAGGUUCACUUCAUAUGGCCAGCUGUUAUCUCUGUACAUGAGACCCAGGACUGGCACUGUGUUCUUGAACGGAGAGCGUGCUGUAGUGAUGUCAGGCGGAGGAGUGACCGUGUUCUAUGACCCUGGAGAUGUGACCCUCUCCACCACACACACCACCCAGCUGGAGGUUCUACUGCAUGAACAAUACUGGAGACUGGCAGUUGACACCAGGAAGAGCCCCUCACCACGCCAGUUUUAUGGUGUUCUGGUAGACCUCCAGGCAGUGUACAUCAAGUCAAUCUACAGCGGAACAUUGGUGGACACACUUAAUGUUACCUUGGUUACAGCAGAACCUGCAUCAACAAUAGAUGGCAGUGCUGUCCCUGUCAGCCAUGUUGAAAAUUGCACUUGUGGAACUUUUACAUCAGGCCUUUCUUGUGAAACAUGUCAGGCAGGACAUCGGCGCAUUAUAAAUGGUAGCAACCCCUAUAAUCCUUGCCAGCCAUGUGAGUGCAAUAUGAGAACAGAGACGGUUGUCCCUGAAUGUGACGCAGCCACUGGGGUCUGUCUCAACUGUCGCAAUGGGACAAUGGGCUCUGACUGUUCAGGCUGUGCUGCCAAUGUGAUAGGGGCCAACUGUGACCAGUGUAGCUUUGGAUUUUGGGGACUUGGAAGAGAUGGAUGUAGAGCAUGUGAGUGCAGCCCAGUUGGAGCAAAUGGAGACUUCUGUCAGCUCCAGUCAGGCCAGUGUGACUGUAAGGCCAAUGUGAUAGGGAGGCAGUGUGAUACAUGUGCUGAUAACUAUGGUGACCUGACUUCUGCAGGGUGUACUGUCUGCGAUGAAUGUUACAGUCUGGUGACCCCAGAGGUAGACCUCCUACGCCAGCUGCAGGUCAACCUGACCCAGUAUGUGACCUACUUACAGAGUCAGGACCGGAAUACCGAGCUGGGGACGCCAUUCACUGUGAGGCUGAAUGAAACUCUGCUCAGAAUGGACCAGCUCAAGGACUAUCUAACACAAGCUGCAGCAGUAGAAACUCCUGUAUCCACGGAGAUCACCCGUCUGAAUCAAACCCUGCAACAUCUGAUUGGUCUCCUGGAGACAGUGGUGAAUGCUGGGAUACAGAAUGCCAAUGCCACCAACGCCGCCUCUGAACUGCUGGUGGAACAGAGUCAGGUGGAAAUAGACUAUAUCAAUACAACACUGAGAGAUACAUAUGGGAAAUUACAAGGUUCUAUAGCCCAGGUGACUGCUGACAUUGGCGCCCUGCUGUCCUCCAUCCAGACAGCCCAGAGUGAGCUGAGCAGCCUGGCAAACAAUGCGGUAGAUGAGCUGGUGAGGACCACUACUGUUGUGGAGAAGAUGGAGGCUGAUGUCACAGAGACCAGGACAAGAGCACAGGAGACACUUCAGUUGCUCCAGACCAGUCAGCAGACCCAGCAGAACAGCACAGACAGAGCCAACAGCCUCCAGGUCUUCAUGAGAGUCCUGGCCAGCAGGAAUGGUAACCUAGCAACCAGUGCAGAGGGCGCCAGGAGCGCUAUCUCCCAGGCACAGGAGGCCAUGUUGCUUGCCCUGGGAAAUGUCAGCCAUUACCAGGACAUAGUAAUGGACAGCCAGACACUGACCACCAGGGCACAGCUACUAAAGGAGGAGGCAGAGACACUGAACUUUGAGGCUAACCAGGCAACAGCCAACAAUCAGUCAAUAGUGGCCUUGGUGAAGGAGGCAGAGCUGUACACGACUGGCCUGACAGACAGGGUGGUCGCCCUCAGACAGCAGGCAGAAAACCUGCUGGCCCGUGCCAGAACGGCGUAUAACCUGACGGCCAGUGGGAAGGCACUGGAGGGGAAGACUUUUACUGACGCUCAGAGGAUGCUGCAGAUUAUGAGGGAGUUUGAUGCCCAGGCUGCUGGUGUUUCAGCAGCGGCUAACAGGUCACUCCUAGAGGUCCAGAAGGUCAAGGCCCUGAGUGACCAGGCCAUCCAGAAUGCCGAGGUCCUGAGAUCAUCACUCCAGCCCACACAGGCCUUUGCACAGAAUGCCCGGACAACAGCAGAACAGGCCAGGAGUACAGCUCAGAGCCAGGAACAGACUCUGGCUCCUGUGAGGAGCAAAGCUAUGGACCUGGAAACCCAUGCUAACAGCCAGCUUAAUAAUCUGCCUGCCACAUUCAGCAGAGUGGGGACAGCCAACACCAGUCUGGUGCAGCCAGCAGUACAAGUGUGUCAAAACCUAUCGCCUCUUCUGCUCAACGUCCAGUCUCGCACCUCCACCGCCUAUCAGAGAGCUCAGUUGGCCUCGCAACGAGCCAACACCACCAGGACAAGGCUAUCAAACAUACAGACCAACCUAGACAACAUUGCUAGUCUGAAUUUACAGCAGAUUGCGUCCCUGAAGGCGGAGAUUAGCCAGCGGAGAUCAGAGCUGAAUGCCGAGGAGUUGCGCCAGAUGGUGGCAGUGUUGUUACAGGCUAGCAAGGACCAGAGGACAUGGCUGGAGGAGGCCAAAACCAGGAGAAAUCAGAUGAGGACACAGAUUGAAGAACUUAAGAAAUUUAGUGAGAUGAUAAGGACAACAUAAGAUUCAUUAAUCUUUAGUGUAACGAGGAAGUGUGAGCAGAAACAAAGGAGUAGAUUUUAUGCUCCCUGAAUUAAUUAAAAUGAUAGUUGAAAUAAAGAGAAGGCAGAAUGAAUGAUUUAUUGGGAAUUUUAAAAUUUCAAGGAAAAUUCUUUUUUUUUUUUUUUUGAGAAUAUUCCACUUUCCUCAAGUAAAAAAAGCUUUGAAAUUCUAUGUUUAUAGGGAAUCUAAGAGAAAUUGACUAAAAAUGCAAACAUCAACUAUUGCUAAAAUUUCACAUACUUACACAUUGUUGUUUUUCACCAUAAUGAGUGACAAUCAAAAGAGAUGUAAAAUAUUUUGAUAUUUAUAUUGUAAAUAAAACAUUUACCACAGGAAUUUAAGAAAGUGAGAUAAUAUUUAAUGCUUCAUAUCACUAUGGAAUAUUAUGUUUCUGGUAUAGGUUUGGGUUUUGCUAUAUGUUAUCAUCCUAAAAUUUUUUAAUAUGGACUGUCUGUUUAUCUUAUUUCACUUUUUGUAUAUAGAAUUGUUUUGUCUUGUUUUAU